GACUUUCGAUUCCUGGCUUCAGUCAUAGUCGUCGGUGUGUUUGUCUUCGUUCUUUUUAUCUCUAGCAAGUCGCACCUACCAUGGAAUACAUUCAACUAUCACUUUUGUGAUUCCAACUGUUGGAACCUAAAAUUUGUAAUAAGUACCUGCUUCUCCUAGAGACGGAUAAUAUCAUCAAGCCAGCCUGCAGCGCAUAGACUGUUGUUGAAACCUUAAUCGUGACAUUAUUAUCAAAUUAGCAUCAUGGCUCCUACUCUUUUGAGAAAAAUGUCCGUAGCUUUCAGGGAUCUAGCAGCCACUGUAAAUCAAGGGAUGGAAAUGGAAGUGAGACCUUUUGCGCAAGCAUGCUCUUAUAUUGCCUCUCUCGUCGAACACUUAGGUCCACAUUUCAGAUUUGCAGUAGCUGAUUUUGCUCCUAAAGUUGCUAAUAUAAAUGCAGCGUCAGAAUCGUUUCGUUCAUUAAAAUCAAUGCUGGAGGCAGACAUUGAACGAAACAAUGUCCAGAAUCCUGGAAGUCCAUCGAGAAAUCUUCUCAGACUCAAGAGAGUUAUUGAGGUUCUGAAAGUUUUGUUUGAGAUGAUUUUAGAUACAGAUUUCGAUGAUCAGGGAGAUAAUUCAAUGGACUCCCAAGGAUGGGAAGCUUACUCAAUAGUUUUUGGUAAACAACAUGAACCUGGCUUAAAGACUAAAGUAUUAAGAUUCCUACCCAAAAUUCCCUCCAAGGCGCAGUUCCUUGUUAACUUAGAGGAAAAUGUGGAAUCAUGCGCAGCUAAUCUGAGAACCAUUGUUGAGGCAGCACCUGUUAUCACCAAUAACAUUAAUGGAUUAUACAAUUCAAUGGGACUCGAUUUAAACCUGUGAAAAUUUAAGUGGGAGACAACAUUUCAACGACCCUCUUACGAUAUUAUCAAUGCUGUUUUAUGUAUCGUUGAUUAAAUAUUGGAUAAUUACGUCAUCUAAGUACUGCUUUUCAGUAUGUGCCUUGGUUGCUUCUUGAGUGUGUUUGUGGACUUUUUUUUGGUAUUGCGUUUGUUGUAUGUCGUCGUUGAUUAUCUUUUCAUUAUGCUUCUAUUUCCGUUGCU